ACUGAUGGAGAUGACAGCGCCUCUCCCUCCUCCUCUCCGUUGCCGUGGCAACACACAUGGAGCGUCGGCUGCUGUGUACCAGAAUGGAGAGGAAGAUGGAGGAGAGCACUGUUAGAGACGUCGAGACUGGCAGUGAAGCUGGAGGAGAGGAUGCAUUGGUGGGGAAUGUGAAUAAACUGACGGUGAGCCCACCAGGUUACUCAGGAGCUCCGCGGAAAGGACAUCUGGUUUUUGAUGCUUGCUUUGAGAGUGGGAACCUCGGCCGUGUUGACUACAUCAGUGAAUUUGAGUUUGACCUCUUCAUCCGACCCGACACCUGCAACCCGCGCUUCAGAGUCUGGUUCAACUUCACAGUGGAGAACGUCCGUGAGACACAGAGAGUCAUUUUCAACGUGGUCAACUUCUCCAAGACCAAGAGCCUGUACAGAGAUGGCAUGUCUCCUGUCGUCAAGUCUACCAGCCGGCCAAAAUGGCAGAGGCUUCCUGCCAAAAACGUGUACUACUACCGUUGUCCCGACCACCGGCGCAACUACGUCAUGUCCUUUGCCUUCUGUUUUGACCGAGAGGACGACGUAUACCAGUUUGCCUACUGCUACCCCUACACAUACUCCAGACUGCAGCACUACCUGGCCAGCCUGGAGCGCAGGAACCUGCCCUACCUGCAGAGGGAGCAGCUGGGACUCAGCGUGCAACAACGGCGUCUAGACCUGUUGACCAUUACCAACACUGACCAUCUGAGUCCAGAGAAGGAGAAGAAGCUGGUCUUUCUUACAUCUCGUGUUCACCCCGGAGAGUCUCCUGCCUCCUUUAUUUGUCAAGGUGUGAUCGACUUCCUGGUAAGCCAGCAUCCUGUGGCUCAGAUCCUGAGAGAUCAUGUGAUCUUCAAGAUCGUCCCCAUGCUGAAUCCUGAUGGAGUCUACCUGGGAAACUACAGGUGUUCUCUGAUGGGUUUCGACCUGAAUCGCCACUGGCAGGAUCCCUCUCCAUGGGCCCAGCCCACGCUGCACGCUGUCAAACAACUCAUAGUGCAGAUGAACCAAGACCCGAGAGUUAGUUUGGAGUUCUACAUUGAUGUCCAUGCCCACUCCACCAUGCUGAAUGGCUUCAUGUACGGCAAUGUGUUCGAGGACGAGGAGCGCGUCCAGAGACAGGCUGUCUUCCCCAGACUGUUGUGCCAAAAUGCACCAGACUUCUCCUUUUCCAACACGUCCUUUAACCGGGACGUGGUGAAAGCCGGCACCGGUAGGCGGUUCCUCGGUGGCCUCCUUGAUGACUCGUCCUACUGCUACACCCUAGAGGUGUCCUUCUACAGCUACAUGACAGCUGGCAGCACCGCUCCUGUGCCGUACACCGAGGAGACGUACACAAAACUGGGCAGGAACGUGGCUCGAACCUUCCUAGAUUACUACAAACUCAACAACCUCAUCAAGGACAACAGACCGACUCACAUUCAAAGCUCCGAGGUGAUGUCCCAGACAGGCGACGGUAACAGAAAGGGCAACAGAGACGCAGCAGACAGAGAGAAGGAGAAGAGCCAGGGUGUCAGGCACUAGACAAACAGACAGACGGACGGGCGGACACAGACUGAGCAUGUAUAAAAUGCAGAGCACCGUAGCAGGAGGAUCCUUCACACUUCAUUGCCUUUAGAAGCUCCACAUCUCCCCGGCUAUAAAGACUUAUUUUCACAGAUUUGUAACAGUGGGAUGGCUGGUACUUGCAGGACUAAAAUCAGAACAAGCUUCCUCUUGGGCUAUUUAGUGACUAUAAAAUGUGGACUAUUGAAUGCCAAGACUGGUUACCCAUCUAAAGUCCAUCUGAGGCCUUCAUUCAGCAGCUCCUUUUUGUUGUCUAUACAAAUGUAAAUAAAUGCAUGCUUCCCUGCUGUUA